AUGGCGGUGGACCGACGGAAGGUAGCUGUCUUCGGUGCGGCCUUUGUGCUGCGACUGCUUCUUAUUUGUCUCUUCCCAUCAUUGCCCGACCUGCUUACUGGCCGAGUCGAGGUGUCCACCCCGGUCAAUAGCUUCAAGCGACUCCAAGAAGGCCUGUACCUCUAUACACGCAAUGCAUCGCCAUACGACGGCGGUGUCUUCCACCAGGCACCGCUCCUGCUCCCUCUGUUCUCCUUACUGCCCGACGUCAAGCGCAAUCCGGUCCCAACAGCCAUCUUCUAUUUCCUUGUCGAUUUAGUGAAUGCACAUGCGCUGGCGACCAUCUCCGAGUCGGGCCAGUCGGUCCAAAGUCGACUCCACUCUGCCAUGCGGAAGAAUAUUCGGUGGGACGGGACUUCAGUGGCAGCAUGGUUCUUGUUCAAUCCCUUCACGAUCGCAACGUGCUUGGCGCGAUCAACAAGCGUGUUCACCACCUCGGGAAUUUUGUUCGCUGUCUCGAAUGCAGUCAGUGGUAACAGCCUGAACGCAAUGCUUGCUCUCGGCUUUGCGUCAUAUCUCUCCCUCUAUCCCGCUUUGUUGUUUGUCCCGCUAGCCCUGCUCUGCUACGAUCAACGAGCCCAAAAGUCCGCCCAGGCGCCCUCUACUGCUCUCUCCAUCUUGCAACACGGCUCCAUUUUGUCUGCUAGUAUUGCUGGGCUACUUGGACUUUCAGUCCUCAUCACUGGAAACUUCUGGGAGUUCAUGUCUGCCACCUACGGCUUCCACCUGCUGGUCCCAGACCUGACCCCCAAUGUGGGCCUGUGGUGGUACUUCUUCAUCGAGAUGUUCGACUCCUUCCGUGAGUUCUUCCUCGGGGUGUUCUGGCUUCACCUGGCUAGCUAUGUUGGAGGACUCACGGUGAGGCUGCGGCGACAGCCCCUGUUCAUUAUCACCUCGCUCCUGGGCGUCUUUGCCGUAUUCAAGCCCUACCCCAGUAUCUCGGAUGCUUCGCUAUACUUUGCACUGCUGCCAUUGUAUCGGCAUCUUUUCCCCUUGAUGCGGUACACUUUCUUUGCCAUUUCAGCUCUCUUAUACUCCAGUUUGCUAGGCCCCGCCUUCUAUCACCUCUGGAUCUACGCUGGAUCCGGAAAUGCGAACUUCUUUUACGCCAUCACCCUUGUGUGGAGUCUAGGGCUCUCUAUCCUCUUGGCAGAUAGUAUCUUCGCUGCGCUCAGAGACGAGUGGGAGCAAGAUCACCCUGAACGCAAGGGCGAGGAAGUAAAACAAGUGUAA